ACGACACCACCUCUUCCCCCUUCUGCCCAACGACACCCGUCGCACCUCCACUGGGCAGGAACCUCGGGGUCGAGACUGCAGUGCCAGAUGUGAGGCAAGACGUCGCCCGCCACGGAUUUACAUCCGCAUCCCACAUGAUGGCUGUGGAUUCGCCCCAGCUUGUGCAGACCUUGAUUGAGUCCUUCAACACGCUGGCCGACGAGGUGCAGAUCCUCAUGGACAGGAAAAUCAUCCUCGAGGCCAAGCUUUCCUUCAGCAGAGAGCAGUACCAGCUUCUCGCCGACAAGUACGCUCCGGCUGCUCCUCACAUUGCCGAGACCCUGGCCAAACUCCAACUACCUCCCAACCCAACACCGACAUUGUCGAAUCAGAUCCCCCUCCCCAGGCGUCACCAGUCCGGCAGCUCCCAGGCCGAGCUGGCCGUCUUCAUCCGAGAGGGCAAAAAGGUGGCCCGUCAGCUGGCGAUGGUGGCGGAUGCGAGCAAGGAGGGCGGGUCCAGUCGCGAGACCGCCUCUACCAACAUGACCUCCCAGUCGACCUUCCUGGAGAGGGACUUCACGGUCGAGGGCAAGAAGGGCCACCUGGGCUGUCCCUUCUCCGCGGUGAACAAGGACGCCGUCGCACGAGAUGAGGUAGAUGAUGAUGAUGAUGAUGAUGAUGAACAUGAUGCAAAUGGCAAUGAGAAUCCCGAUCCCACCCCACACCAUUCCAAAGACCCGAUAUGUGCGGCCAUGUUUGAGGAGAGCAUGUCCGCCCCCGCCCCCGCCCCCAAUGCUUCCGCCUCAAAGUGCCCCAUCAGGUAUCUCGACCAGCACUCCCCCGAGGAGAUUGCCCGUUAUGUCGAGACCCACAAGCACGAGCUGCCGCGGAGCCACGAGGUUUGUCUCAAGAGGAACCAGAAGACCGAGGAGCAAAUAAGAAAGCUGGACGCCAAGUAUGGCAACCUCGUCUCCAUGAUUGAGGACCUCAGCCACCUCCACGCCCCCAUGCUGCCCGAGUCCCAGGUUGAGGCUCAGGCUGCGGCCGACGCCGACGCCGACCGGGCCUCGAAUCGCCGAGUCAGUGAUUGGGCUCAGAAUGUGAGCUCUAGUACCGUCGACGCCCUGGUCGAUGAGACUGUCAAGGAUGGCGACGUGCCUACGGCCGAAGACUAUCUCGACCGGACCGGCCAUUUCGAACGGCCGCUCAAGGAGAUUCGGGUUGGCGAGUCGCCCAGCCGUCCAUGGGGCAUCUCAGUCCCCUUCCCUCCCGACGAACCCGUCGAGCGGCCUACUUCUCCUCCUGCGCCUGUUCGUAUGCCUUCUCCGGGCCCAGCCCUAGCGCCCAAGGCUCCCGAUGCCAGGCCCUCCAAAUGUCCGUUCGAUCACACCAAGAUGAAAGGACUGGCCAGUGCGCUUGAUCACAGCCAGAUCCACAAACUAGACGGACCAGGCCUCGCCGAGUUUCCGAAAAUGGAGGAGACGCCCAGCCCUCCCCGGCCCAGUGCUCAUAAGCCGGCGGCGAGCCAGCCUUUCACAACCCCCAUGAAACAUCCACAGCCUCCGAUCCCAGAUAGCCCUCCGCCGUCUAAUCAGCCAGCAUUCAUCAACACGACGGAAAUGGCCAAGACAACCGCGACUGGUGGCCAAGCCCCUCAGUUUGUUUUUAAUGGCCCGGUCUUUAUCGGGUACCCCAUGGAACAAGCGAUUCAGUUCAUGCAGCAUUUCCAGCGACCGUCAUGAUCAAGAUUUCGUAGUGUUAUUUUUUGUCUCGGCAAGCGAGGGCGUUUUUUGAUGGCUUGGUUUAAGUGGCAUGGCGUUGCGUCGAUUCUCUUUUCAUGAAGGGCCGGACGGCAAGGCAGGAUUGUGAGGGUCAUGGAAAGGGUUGAUUUUCGACACGGCGAGCGUUGACAAGAAUUUACGGAUAGUCUUCAGAAAUGUGGAAAGGGGCACUGGCCCCUACUUCAUUAAUCUUAUGAAAUUGAAAUCACGAGCCUCGGUCGUUGCU